AUGGCCUUUGCCUUUGGCUUCUCCGGCGACGACAUAGACGCCAUCCCGCCGUCAUCGACCAACCCUACCCUCGAUGCCCCGGCGCCCGCACCAAGCGGCGCGUUCCCCGUCGCGGGGCGCCCGCUGCUCCCGCCCACGCGCCACGACCUCCCGCUCCUACUGUCCCGCCUGCCCUCCAAGAUGGCAUACGGCUGCCUCGACGUGGCCCUCGACGACGGUGCGACGGCGUGCAUCCCCCGCCGCGAGCUGUGGGAUGUCAGGGUCCAGCUUAUGGCCGAGGACGAGAGCCAUGGCGGCGGCGGCGAGGCGCUCGGCGAGCACGAUGUGAAGACGGGCGUCUACGAGGGCGGCUUCAAGAGCUGGGAGAGUAGCGUCGACCUGGUCAAGGUUCUGGCGGCCGCGGGUCAUGCGUCUUCUUCCGGGCGGGACCGUCCCCUUCGUGUCAUUGAGCUGGGCUGCGGAACUGCGCUCCCCUCGAUAGCCCUGUUCCAGUGGGCGCUGGCCCAGGAGCCGUCGCCCACGCAGCCUCUCGCCUUCAUCCUGACCGACUACAACCCCUCCGUCAUCCAGCUCGUCACCCUGCCCAACUUCCUGCUCGCCUGGGCCCUCCACUGUCGACACCGACACCCCGCCCUUCGAGACGCCUUCACUCUCGAGGACGAGCUGGAGCUUAACCCCGAGGUGCUCCAGGCCUUCCAGACGCACCUGUCCGAGCAAAACAUUACGCUGUCUUUCCUCUCUGGCGCAUGGUCCCCCGAACUCGUCCAGCUCCUCUACGCGACCCGGAGCGCCGACCCGGAUGCUUCUGCUCCCUCGCCCGUCACCCUCGUCCUUGGCGCCGAAACCAUCUACUCCCCCCUGGCUUUGCAGGCCUUCACCGAGACCGUCUUCGCAGUCCUCACCCGCGAAAGGGCUGAUUUGGGGGCCAACGCCGAAGCUCUUGUGGCGGCCAAGAAGCUCUACUUUGGCGUGGGAGGCUCGCUGGACGAUUUUACAUACAACGCCCAGGCGAAGGGUGGCCACAUUACCCAGCUGAGGGAAGAAACGGAGGGUGUGAGACGUGGCGUCGUGCGCUGUGUCAUUCCAAGUCCAAAUCAGAAUCUCAUCAUACCAGCUGUGGACAGAUGA